GCAAGGGCGGAGGAGUAUAGGAGGCUAAGGUGGGCUGUAGCCCAGGUUAAAAAACAAUUAUUAAAAAACUCAAUACUCUCCCUGCAUAACCUUUACAUCAUAUUUGUGAAGGGAAUUAAGGGUCGCUUGAACCGCUUGUCUUCUGCCUGCGUUGGUGAUAUGGUCAUGGCCACUGUCAAGAAGGGGAAGCCUGAUCUCAGAAAGAAGGUUAUGCCUGCUGUCAUUGUUAGGCAGCGUAAGCCUUGGCGCCGAAAGGAUAGUGUUUUCAUGUAUUUUGAAGAUAAUGCUGGUGUCAUUGUGAACCCCAAAGGAGAAAUGAAAGGCUCAGCAAUUACCGGUCCAAUUGGGAAGGAGUGUGCUGAUCUUUGGCCUAGGAUUGCAAGUGCAGCUAAAGCUAAGAGCUUUAAUUUGUCUGUUCCUUUUUUUUGGGAAUUAUACUGUCGUUAAGUCCUAUAUGUUUUUGUAGGGUUAAUUUUAGUUGUGUUUUUGUUAUUUUGACUAAA